GUUAGUUUUGAAAUGUGUGUUACCAAAGUGACUUUAUCAUCCAUGCUCCUUUCUUCGGUUCCGACAAGUCCUAAAGCUAUGUGUUUAUACAACACACCCAACUAACCACCAAACACACAACAAAUCCCUAAUUUUUCCAACCGUCUGUCUGUCUUCUCCGUGGGAUUGCAAAACAAAAUGGGUACAGAAGAGGAAAGUGUAUCUGUGGAGCUACCAGCACCUUCUUCAUGGAAAAAACUGUUUUUUCCAAACAAAGUGGGAUCAGUGAAGAAAACAGAGAUUGUGUUUGUUGCUCCAACGGGUGAAGAGAUCAGUAACAGGAAGCAGCUGGACCAGUACCUCAAAUCUCACCCUGGAAACCCUUCAAUCACUGAGUUUGAUUGGACCACCAGUGGGACGCCUAGGAGAUCUGCAAGGAUCAGUGAUAAGAAGACUAAGUCAACUCCCUCUCCAGAUAAAGAGCCGCCUAAGAAGCGAGGUAGAACUAAAUCUUCAGGAUCAAAGAAAGAUGCAGAAGAAGAAGGUGAGAAACCAGAGGAUACUGAGAUGUCUCCUCUUAAGGGAACGGAGGAGAGUGUAACUGUUAAGGAUGGCUCUGGUGAAACAAAAGACGACAUGGUUGCAGAGAAGACUCCUGUUCAAGAAGCUGUUGGUGAGUCGAUGAAGGAGCAAACACCGGAUCUAGUUGGAGAGAGUAGUAAGGAGAGAGUGGAGUCUCAGACAGACAAAGAAGAGGAGACUGGCUCGGUCGUCGCUUCACAAACGGCCGUGGCAUUCAUUGGAACAUACGGUGUAAACUACGGUCGCAUAGCCGACAACCUCCCAUCUCCUGAAUCAGUAGCAACUCUCCUUAAAUCAGCAAAGAUCAGAAACAUACGUAUCUACGACGCUGAUCACUCCGUCCUCACGGCCUUCCGUAACACCGGGAUAGAGAUCAUCGUUGGCCUAGGCAAUGAGUUUCUCAAGGACAUUAGCGUUGCGGAAGACCGAGCCAUGACUUGGGUUAAAGAAAACGUCGAGCCUUUCAUACGAGGUGGUACUAGAAUUAGCGGUAUAGCCGUGGGAAACGAGAUUUUAGGUGGCACCACUAUCGAGCUUUGGGAAGUUCUUUUACCUGCGGCCAAGAACGUUUACUACGCUCUUCGCCGUCUCGGACUUCACAAUAUGGUCGAGGUGUCGAGUCCACACUCGGAAGCGGUGUUUCAGAACUCGUAUCCACCGUCAUCAUGCACGUUCAGGGACGAUGUGGCGCCGUUUAUGAAGCCGUUGUUAACAUUUUUCUGGCAAAUUGGGUCGCCGUUCUACAUUAACGCUUACCCUUUUCUAGCUUAUAAAUCUGAUUCAAAGGAAAUUGACCUUAACUACGCCAUCUUCGAGCAUACCAAAGGCAUAUACGACCCCAAAACUAAGCUUCAUUACGAUAACAUGUUCGAUGCUAUGGUCGAUGCUUCUUAUGCUGCUCUCGAAAAAGCUGGCUUCCCAAAAGUGCAGGUCAUUGUUUCGGAGACAGGGUGGGCAUCAAAAGGCGACCCAGAUGAAGCCGGAGCAUCGGUGAAGAACGCGAGAACAUACAAUCGGAAUCUUAAAAAACGACUAAAGAAGAGAAAAGGCACACCGUACAGACCAAACAUGGCGGUGAAAGCUUACGUGUUUGCUCUAUUCAACGAGAAUCUGAAGCCGGGUCCCACUUCCGAGAGGAACUUUGGUCUUUUCAAACCCGACGGUAGUAUUGCCUACGACAUUGGUUUCAAGGGACUCAAGGACUCUUCUGCCACACGGUGUGGGUUUGGGACGUCCUUGAACGCUCUUGUUUCCGCUUGUGUUGUUAUGUUUCUUCUUCUUCACCGUUUCGUGUGAGUGUUGUGGUUUUCGAUGAUUUAAAUUGACCCCUUUGGUUUAUGUAUAUGUAUUAAAUCUAACCCCGUAAUUCUUGAUUUGUUUGUGAUUAAUCACUUCUUAAGUUUUAAGCGUUACAUUGUUAUCAUAAGAACUUAUUUUUAUCUUUGUGUUUAUAUUGGAGUGUAUGGUUUAGAAAACUUGAAAUGAUAGUUUUUUUUAUACAAGCU